UACGCCGCCAUUAAUAACAACACAGCUGUACGUAUUUGUCAAUAGUGGUCCCAAACAAAUCCAUCCAUUAUCUUGGAUAAUGGAUUAUCAUUAUCCCGUCGAUCCAAUUAGCCGAUGCGAUGAUAUACUCACUUUGACAAUGUACGAAGAUGCCAGCCACAGUGGGCACUACUCGCCCGAUUUUAGUCAGACUUAUAUUAACGAUCAUUUUUCGGAAUAUACGGAAAUCGCUCAGGUUCUGGCAGAUGGGGGUGAUAGAUAUGGAGUCUCAGCAAUUACUUUUGACACAAAUGAAGAACUUAUAUGGAUGGGGAACCAGGGGGGCCAUGUUACUUCAUACUAUGGACCAACAAUGCAAAAAUAUACAUCUUUUCAAGUGCAUAUGGCAGAUGAAAUCAGACAAAUAUAUCCAAUUGAACCAGGAAUUCUUUCACUUACGAGUACCUCUUUAAGAUGCCAUAUACGAAGGGGUCUUCCUAAGUUUACACAUGUGUCUGAAAAUUUUGUUGAUAUGCAAUGUUUACUCCAAAUGUCACCAACUAGAAUUGUAAUGGGAGGACAUCAAGAUAAACUGGUUGACUUUGAUCUUAUGAGAGGUUUAGAAACCAAUUAUGAGUAUGCUGGGUGCAAUGGUUGCGCAAUAUUGAGAAACCACAGUCAAAUGUUGUGUGCUGGUGACCCGGUUGGAUGUUUAACAUUACGUGACCCCAAUUCUCUAAAAGUGGAACAUACAUUAGAAUCACAUUCUGGUAGUUUAUCAGAUUUUGAUGUUCAAGGAAAUUAUAUUGUUACAUGUGGAUUCGGUAGUAGACAAAAUACUUUAGUGGUAGACAGAUUUCUUAUGGUGUUUGAUGUUCGAAUGUUGAGGUCUGUCUCACCAAUACAAGUGAUUUGUGAUCCAUUAUUACUCAGAUUUCUCCCCAGAGUUUCAUCUAGAUUAGCUGUAGUUUCAGCUAUUGGCCAAGUGCAACUUGUAGAUUUAGUGCAGCUGAUGGAACCUAAACUUAGUUUAUUUCAGGUCAAUACAAAUGCAUCAAUGUGUUUGUCAUUUGAUAUUUCUUCAACAAGCCAAGCAAUGGUAUUUGGAGAUCAAUCUGGUCAUAUACAAUUGAUGGCUGGUGCAUCUAAUCAAGAACCUAUUUUUAAUACUUUUUCUAGGGAAACUGAAUUUGCAGAUUCUAUUGAGCCGCUUCCUACUGUUUCAUUAACAGACAACACAUUCCCACUUUCUUCAAUACCUUUACCGGCACUAACAACCGGUAAUCAUUGGCUCAGUGACUGGCCGGACCAGUUACUAAAAUACAAUUAUUGGAGACCUAAACCUAUAGACUCUGAAAUAUUGCAAACAAUGAAGAUGCAGGGUCCUAUUGGAUAUGCUCCAAACCCACAUACUACUCGCAGGAAUCAAGUACCCUACAUUUUAGAUUUCAACACAACAAGACAGCAAAAUUCACCUUUCAUGAAUUCAAAUGAUAAAGUUCUUAGUGAUAUACCAGGCCUAAAAACUAUUCCUAAACGCUAUAGGAAGGUGGAAGUCAAAUAUAAUAAAUUGGGGUGCAGUGAUUUUGAUUUCAAUAUGUACAAUAGAACUGGAUUUUCUGGAUUAGAAGCAACACUACCUAACUCGUAUUGCAAUGCUAUGCUACAGGUAUUAUAUUUUAUGCAACCAGUAAGACAUGCUUUAAUGUCUCAUACAUGUCAAAGGGAAUUUUGUUUAUCUUGUGAAUUAGGAUUUUUAUUUUACAUGCUGGAUAAGUCUGCAGGAAUUCCCUGCCAAGCUAGUAAUUUUCUAAGAGCAUUUAGAACUGUUCCAGAAGCUUCAGCAUUGGGUUUAAUUUUGUCUGAUAGACACCCAGAUGCAAGAGCAAAAGUAAAUCUAAUUGGGUUGAUACAGAGUUGGAAUAGAUUCAUAUUGCAUCAAAUGCACUUUGAAAUACUAGAGACACGAAAACGAAAUUUUGAAAAUGAGAAGAAUAAAAAUAGUGAAAAAAUUCCAAAACAACCUGAUUUUGUUUAUAAGGAGCAAGAUUUUCCUAGUAUAAUAGGUGGAGAGACUCGACGUAAGCAUAGAGACAAGGAAGAUAGGCAUAAAGAGGGAGAUGAUGAGGAUGAUAUUAGGAAUAAAGCAACUGGUGGUUCUGGCGAUCAAUCAUCAAGCAAAGAUGAUGACGAAACUGAAAUUAGCAAAUUAUUUGGUACAAAACAAAGGCAAAUAAAUCGUUGUCUGAAAUGUGGUAGAGAAGAAGUUAAAGAAAACAUCAUCCUUCUUUGCAAUCUAAUUUAUCCAAAUCAAAGGGACCACUUAUACACAUUCGAAUCUAUACUGGCACCUUCUUUAUGUCCAGAAAAAACUACACCAGCAUGGUGUGAAAAUUGCUCAAAAUUCACUCCUACAAUUCAGAGUUCUCAAGUCACAAAACUACCUAAGGUUUUGGCAAUAAAUUGUGGUCUUGAUAAUAACUUCGAUAAAGAAUUCUGGUCAAAACAAAUGAAUCAACAAGUUACAUGCUCUAAAGGAGAAAGCAGUUUUCCACUAUUGUCAAAACCUUGUAGAUAUGGGGCAAAUUGUUCACGGCCAGGCUGCCAUUUCACUCAUCCUGACAACAAAAAUUAUUCCAUAUUAAAUACUCCAGACAGUGCUUGCAAUUGUUCAAGUACAUAUAAAAAUUCUAUGGAAAAUGAAAGUAGCUCAGAUACUUCUUCCAGCGAAAGCAAUAACAAAACUAAAAACUCUUGGCUGCCACAACGUCUACGAAUGAAACUCAAAGAAGAUAAAUUGCUCUUUGUAGAAAGAUUACAUGAUGAUGUAUUACCUGGCGAUGCGGAAGUGCAACCAGAUGCUGCAGGUAGAAUGUCUGAAUCGAUUAAUGGUACUGAUCAUGUCGACAUAAAGCAAAGAGAACUUAUAAACGGUACAGAGCCUAUUCAUCAAAAAUCAUAUUACUUAUCAUCAGUUGUCUGUUAUGUAGAUGAUCACCAAAGAAAUUUAGUUGCUCUUAUACAUGUUCCUCAUAGUUAUCAUGUGCAAAGAAUGGGCACAACAUAUAAUAGAUCUGGGCAAUGGUAUAUUUUUAAUGAUUUUAGUAUUUCUCCCAUUUCGCCAAAUGAGGCUGUUUGGUUUAGUCUUGACUGGAAAGUACCUUGUGUUCUGUUCUAUUCUAGUUACGAAUUGUGUGAAACAAAUCCACAUUUAGAGCUUUUGCCACCAAUUGUCAAUCCUCUUACCCAGGAUAUUUUCAAUGAGGAUAUGUCCUCGUUAACUCGACGCUCGCCAUAUUCCAUAAACGGAUCUCAUUUUACGUGGAAGCCUUUGGGAAGACAAGAAGCCCCAAAGCGCGGACAAUUGGUUGCGAUGGAUGCAGAAUUUGUGACCCUAAAUCCUGAGGAAGCAGAAUUAAGAAGUGAUGGAAAACUGGCUACAAUUAAACCUAGUCACAUGAGUGUUGCGAGAAUAACUUGUAUAAGGGGAGAAGGACCUGAUGAAGGCACUCCAUUUAUAGACGAUUAUAUAAGUACACAGGAACAAGUUGUCGAUUAUUUAACUAAAUUUUCUGGUAUACAGCCUGGAGAUCUAGAUGCAAAUUAUAGUUCGAAACAUUUGACAACACUAAAGAGCACAUAUCAAAAGUUACGAUAUCUGGCUGAUACUGGAGUGGUUUUUGUUGGUCAUGGAUUGAAGAAUGAUUUUCGAGUUAUUAACUUAAUUGUCCCCCCAAAUCAAGUUGCUGAUACUGUACAUCUAUUCCAUUUACCGCAUCAUAGAAUGGUGUCUUUACGAUUUCUAGCUUGGCAUUUUCUUGGUAUUAGAAUACAAUCUGUGACACACGAUUCAGCUGAAGACGCGCGGGCCGCGUUGCAACUAUACAAACAUUAUCUACAAUUGGAAUCAUCUGGUACGAUACUCAGUGCUUUACAAAAACUAUAUGAAACUGGCAAAAGAUUAUCUUGGAGAGUCCCCGAUGAAUAAACAAAGCAACUGAACAAUAUAUGAGAUUGAUAAAGCAGCGAAAUAAAAAUAAGCUUGUGAAUUAUGUCACAAUUCACAAUAUUACGAUAAAGUUUGUAAAACGAGUGUAUAUAUGAAACAUUUUUUAUGUGUGUAAAUUUAGAGAACUAUGGAACUUUAAUUUUUUAUAAAUAUAGAUUAUGUAUAUUUUUGUAAGUAUUCGUCCCAAGUGAUUUUAGUUAAGGUAUUAUUAUAGUAAUUUAUUAUUAGUUGAUGAUGAUUUAAUUAAAUAUUGUAACAGAUAAAGUUUUAAGUUGUAUUUUACAUCUGAAUACUUUUGUGUUGACUGCAGUAUUUUUUUUUACUAAUUAUGUGCAAAUAUAGUUGUAAUUUAUUUUACAAAAUGUUC